UCCUGAAAAAAUCUGCCGAGACAUAUCCUGGAUGUCAUAAUAUGCAUUUGUAAGAGGAAAAUUGGAGUGCAGUAUAUAUGAAGUGGCUGAGGAUAAGCCGGGCCAGUAACUUUGCUAGAACACGGGUUGUCUACAUGCGUGGAGGCUCAGAGCUCACCUUUGGUAACUUUCGGGACAGUUUUGUAAGUCAACACUCUUACUGAUAUCUAGUGAGCAUUGGAAAUGUUGCUGUUGUUUUAGAUUGAGGUACUCGGAACAAAGAGUUCCAAGCAGCAUGGGCUAUGGUAAGCACUUCACUACUUACCUGGCACAGGAGAUGUGCGUCGUUGGAAACUAUUUAAUGUUGCAUUUUUAGUCAUGGUAGAGUGAGGUACUAAGUGGGCAACUGUUGAUGUCCAUUGGUGCGCACUUUAAAGUUGUUCACUGGAGAAUAUGCUGAAGUUAAGCUUAAAUUAAGACUUAAUAUUUUUACGUGAACGUUAGUCUUAAUAUUACCUGGAUUUAUAAGAAUAUAAUUAGUAGUACGUCACAAACUAUAUUAUACACAAGACUGUUGAAGUAGUGUCGUAUAGGCCUAGCAGAGCCAUGGAUGGUCAUGUAGUUUGAAGGCUAUGGUUAGUUGUGUAAAAAUCAUGGUUAGUCGUGUGAAGACAGCGGUUAUUCCCGUAAAGACCAUGGCUGGUUGUGUGAAAACCAUGGUUGGUUAUGUGAAAACCAUGGUUAGCCGUGCGAAGACCAGGAGUAGUCGUGGGAAAAAAAUUAAUCGUGUGAUUGUGAGAAACGUGACAGUGGUGUUUAUUAUUACUUCGAGUGUACUCAAGUUGCUCAUGUACUUGCCUCAGAACAGCAAAGAAGCAGCGAGGAUUCUAAGGUCACCCUACGUUGUACCGGCGCCACUGGUGACUGGAAGUCCCUCUGUGGCGGCGCCCGCAGUGGUGGUGGUGUGUCACGACCCUAACACUACCAGCAGCAGUCCGGCGCUGGACGCCGCUACCAGCAAGGAAUCACAUCGUCUGCUGGGGUCGUGGCCCAGGCAAGCCGAGCAGCUGACUACUAUGCUCAAGACGCUCCUCUACUUCAGUAAGGCUGAUAAAUGGCGCAUCAUCGUCAUGACGGACGCGCUCACCACCUUCCACAAAGUGUUAAAGCUGACACGAACGUUUCCAGAGGACCAGAAGCGGAGGCUUGAGCUGCAACAUGAGAAUGUUUGGUUCCCAGACAACUUCCCAGGGAUAAAGGAGCACUGGAGGCCAUGUGUGUGGGCUAAACAGUUCCUGGCCGAAGCUCUGCCUCACGAAGACGCUGUUGUAUAUUUUGACACAGAUGUGGUGUUCCUGGGUCCUGGUGAAGAAGUGUGGUGGUUGCUGAGGCGGAUGGAGGCUAGUCAAGCAGUGGCUCUGGCUCCUGAACCACAGUACACGUUGGAUGACCCCAGACGGCCGUAUGCAGGCAGUGUUGGACUCAACACGGGAGUCAUGGCCGUCAACCUGACACGGCUGCGACAGCUGCCUGGAGGUGGCCUGGGUAGUGCUAUACUACUGGAAGGCGCCAUUGACCCACCACCGCGUCACGACCAGGAUGCUCUAAACCACUUUUUAAUUAACAAACCUCACCUGGUACAAGAAGUAACAUCACGAUGGAACUUUUCACCUGCUUCUUGCUUCAGCGUGGCUCCUCCGUGUCCAGACUGUCUCUCCUCCGGCAUCCUCGUCCUCCACGGAGCAGAUGCUACUUUCUAUAGACACAUCGACAGGAAAUUCUUGGUAGGUAGUACUGUAACUUUAUAUAUAAAGAUAGUUUCAUUCUUGCUAUAGUCAGCGCAGUAAUCAAGUUAGUAAGCUCGUCACUAUUAUGGAAGAAAAAUUGGAACAAAAUGAGAAAAUUUAACAAAUAAGAAAUGUUCAUUUUUCGACCAUUCUCAAGUCGAUUGCGAUCGAUUUGAGAAUGAUCCAGGACGGACCGAAACGUCGUCGUCCCUUCACCUUCAAGUGUGUGGUCUGGUCAACAUACUUCAGCCACGUUAUUGUGACUAAUCGCCUGCAACUGUUGUGAGGUUGCGUCCUGGGGGAGCGUCAUUACUUCGACCUGGGGGGGGAAGGGGGGGGGGCGUAGAAGGAGGUCGAUACAAGCGGUCCUUCGUCCUUCGAGCAUGUCAAUGGUUGCCUUCCAACAUAACAAAAAUCGUAGCAUUGCCUUUCUUACUAACUAGGUAUUCAUAAAGGCUUAUCUUGUUUCGUCAGGUUGUGUACAACAUCGUGGCGAGUGUCAGGCUCGGGCAGGACCCUCUAGCAGUGCUGGCGCAGCUGGAGUUGCAUCUGGCGCUGGUGGACGCCGGGAGGACCAUCUUCCCUUGCAGCAACUACACCCAUCUCAAUCACGCUCUUACACUCGGGCUCAAGGACGCUGCCACACUAACAGUCCAACACCAAUUACAGUCCUUAAGUGCACGGGGACAUCUGCCACAGCCCUGAGGAAUAUAGGAACACCUGUUACAUGUCACAAGUAUAUAGAAACAUCUACCAUAGCGCUGAAGUGCACAGGUACACCUGACGCAAUCAUGCGGUCCAUGGAAGAUGCUUGUCACAGUCCUGAAGUACAUGGGUACACCUUUCACAUGAUGCACCUGAAGUGCAUGGGGACACUUGUUACAGCCCAGAAGUAUAUGAGGAUAUCUGCUACUGCCCUGAUGGAGAACAUUUGUCAGGAGGAUACACGGUUACAAAUACAAACUAUCGCAGUGCUUUCUGUUACGGCCAGCUUGAGCCAGUAACCGGGUUAUUUCUGUUAACGUGUCUAAUAGUCUCUUCUUCUUUAUCCUACCCAAAGUCGAUGGCAAGUGGUGGUAGCAAAUAACAGUGCAAGGAAUAAAAAGGAAGGGGGGAUAAACAAUACGUAAUUACACCUUCACCAAUAUAUAUUAUAUCUAAGUAUAGCUACACAUAUUCACACUGUGUCGCUUUCCUUCAGGACACUCAAUAGACCUGCAGUGUUCAUCAAAUCCCGGCGAGUCCACUACGUCCAGGUACACGUCGUCUA